AAUCAACAAAAAAGCAUUGUUGUUGAUGUUGUACCUAUGAUUUUGAUGAUUACAAUUGAGUGACUAAUUAAUUUAUUUAAGUGUGUAGUUAAAUUGCCAAUAUACUGCAAAGAAGUUAAGCCGGCUCUCCUAACAAUCCUGCAACUCGAGCUUUGCGUCCUGCAGGGCAUUUAAUGACCCCCAACGGCUAGAAACGGCUAUUUUCGAGCAAAGGGCUAUAAAUAUGGUUGUGGUGGUGUGGGGAGGGCUUUAGGCUGUCGAUUGAGAGGGAUGGCAUGGUGUGGGGGCUGUGGAGAGGAAGAGGAUCGGAGAGCAGGUUUCUCUUAUUGGGUUAGGAUUAGGUUCAUGAUUGGGAGAAGCUGGUGACAUUAUUUUCAACGGAAGAAUGGGAAAGAGGGAGUGGUAUGGCAGGGAUAAGCUUGGCUUUCGGUUGGUUUGUAGGGGCGAUGUGAGGAGAGAUUGCUCCAGAUUUUUCAUUUCAGUCUUUGUGGAUUAAUCUUUUCAUAUAUUUAAGUUUGCUCUUUUCUCUCUUCCCCUUUCCGUAACUCAGACUUUUCUUUGUUUCUACCUAGGUUUAGCCCUGGAGGAUUACAAUACCUAGCUGGGUGGAAUAAGAAGAAACAGAGGAAGAUGUUGAUCCAUCGAUAUGACACUCCCUUUUCGUUAGUUUUUUACCUAUUUUACUUUUCUAUUUACUUAUUUCAGAUGAUUUGUGGGUUACUAACAUCUUGGUUUUUGGAAAUUGUGAUAAUGAGAAUGCUGGAGGGUUUUUGGAGAUUGUGAUGAUGGAGGAGAAUGCCGGGGCUGACAAGGUAGAAAAGGGUUAGCUUCAUCUUGGGCUCUUUACAAAGUAUUACAAAUAUCAGAUUUGCUAUCAUAGUUAAUAAAUUAACUUUCAAGCACUGCACUAUACUAUGAGUAUAUUUUUCUCCUUUUAAGUUUCUUACAACUAGCUAACUUAUAGGAGAUACCCACUUAUGCAACAGCAGCUGCAAAGAAACCCUCUAUGAUUUCGCUGUAAAGGUAGGUGUUUGGAGCUUGGAAAAAACUUCUUUUUCCCUUCUUUUGUCUGUAAUGUUGGGAGGUUUUCAAUUAAUUUGUUGCUGUUUUUCAUGAAUUUUCUUCAUCCAAUUGGUUAUAAAGAGCAAGCGGUUUGUUAUUUUCUGUGCAGAUAUUGAUGGGAAGGAUGUUAUUUGAUUUCCCUUUUUAGCUAACUGAUUUAGUGCUUCUUGCACUUAUUUACCAAUGAUGACUAUUUUUUCUUUCUUUUUUUGGAAACCUUUUUUCUUGUUGUGAUUAGUUUGAUUUUGGUUUCUUUUUUGGAAAAAACAAUGAUUUCAUAGUUGCUAAUGAUUAGGGGUUAGGGGGGAGUGUUGUUUCUUUUCUGUAACUGGUUGAGAGGCAUAGUUUGGUUUGAAUUGGAUUUGUUGGUUACGCUGAUGAUGACUUUGAUCUUCACCUCUUCACUUCUCUUUCUUCUUUUUUUUGUGUUUUUUCCCUACUUCUCCUGCUUCUGUUUGUUGAGUUCAUAUUCAUUCUGUGAUUUGUUGUUUUCUUUUUUUUAAAAUUUCUGAUUGUUUAUUUGAGCCUUUGAGAGGUUAUUUAAUGUUUUUAUCUUUCUUUUUUUUCCUGUCAUUUUUGUUGGAUUAGUGAUUUUAUUGAUUGUUUGAAGGUAUGUCUUAUGACUGCUGAAUGAGUAGUCUGUUUUUUUAUUUGGAUAUUAGAAGCUAACCUUGUGUUCGUCUAUUACAUGUUGCCAUGUACUAGCAUCCCA